AUCCUCUCUGUCUUCAUCUCAACUAAGAAUCGACGAAUCGAUGAAUCGGUGAUUCCCUUCAAGCUCUCAACCUCUCACCGUGCCGUCUCUAGAACCACUGCAAUGCUCACCGCUCACCACCUCUCACUGCUCACCUCCAGCUUCAAGGCUAGGUCAUCCUCUUUCUACUGUCGCAUGGCCAUCUCAACUGUGAUUCGCUCUCAGCCUCUCACCGUGCCGUCACUACAACCACUACAAGUCUGCAACGCUCACUGCUCACCUCCAGCUCCAAGGUUGGGUCGUCCUCUUUCUGUUGUCGUGUGGCCUCCUCCUCUGCAACUCUGCCUUGGAUUCUUUUCAAACUCUCCAACUCCAGGUAUCAAUUACAUGUAGUUUUUGAAGCUACAGUUUUUGUGCUUUUGUGCUUUAGUGUUUCUAACUAGUAAUUUUUGUAUUUUUAACUAGUAAUUUUUAAUUUAAUUUUUGUGCUUUAGUGCUUGAGUGUUUUUAACUAGUAAUUUUAGUGUUUUAUCUAGUAAUUUCUAAUUUAAUUUUUGUGUUUUAGUGCUUUGUGUUUUAGUGCUUUGUGCUUUAGUGCUUUAGUGUUUC